AUGUCCCUUCCCUCUCUACCAGAAGAACUGACCGACAGAAUCUUCCAGUUUGCUGUCCAUCCAGAUAUCCUCAAAACUUGUUCUCAGUUCCACAGAAUCGCUCUUCCUCAUCUCUACAACCACGUCGUUCUUUCCACCAAACGCCAGUCCACGCUCUUUCUUCAGUCCAGUCACUCCCAUCUCCUCAAAAGUCUUGUCGUAACCGUAGAUGCCUUCACUCCAGAACUACUUACCUCAGACUUGCAAUCCCUCGAUAUUGAACUCCUCGACGUCGACGUCGACAUCGACCUCCCCCCCAGCUUGACUCAUCUCACCAUCAGGAAACCGCCGACAGCAGCCUACCUCAGCUCUGACAACACCAGACGUUUCAUCUAUCGUCUAGCCCAGCAGUUGCCUCCAACCCUCACCACUGUCCACGUCGCCUUUAAACUUUCCGAUCCUACUCUUGAUUCGGCCUCCCCCGUAACCCAUCUCGCUCGCUCACUUGCGUCUCUUCCCAAUCUACACACCUUCAUCACCCUCCUUCCGAGCGUUUGGAGUGAGGUCUUAUUACUCGUCUCUUCUAAUCUUUCUCUACGACGCAUUACUUUGGGACAAGGCAUCGUCCCAACUGGUUUGUUUAUGAAUACCGCUGUCAAGCAUCCUAGGCUGAUGGAACUCAUAAGGGCCGGAACUCCCAUCAUCCGACAUCGUGCACAAACUUUACCUCAGACCGCCUUCCCUCCUUCACUUAUCACGACGUCAUGCCCACGACCUUCAACCAAAAAGCAACAGCCGCCCUCACCCCAAUCUGCCCAUCCCCACAAUACUCGAGUCCUCCAGAGAAGGUGGUCCAAUGCUCAUCCAUGAGCCCAUCCCCGAAAACGGGCUGUGCAUCACAUUACGCAUCGCCUCACGACGUUACAUGUUAUCGUGUAAGCGGCUCCGUUCCCUGGACUCACCACACUUUUUCGUUUUUCUUUUCUUUACUUGGAAUCGCGUACUCCUUACUCUACAAUACCCGUUUUACUUGUUUUUGGACUUCUUUUUUUACGAUAUGAUUUUUGUAUUCGACUCUGGUCGUGACUAUAUAUUCUGCUGGGAUCUAGAGUAUUCCUGAAUACAUCAUCUGCACCGCUAGUAUCGGA